AUGACUUCUCUGGCUGCUGAUUCUUCCUUACCCCCAUCGCCGUCCCCGACUAGAGAAGUCUAUGACACAGAUGGAAACUUUUUGCAGCGCCUCGACACGCUAGAGCUGCAGACUCUGAUACCAUUUUUCCUAUCUCAAAUCUACUGCUCUCAACCCCCGCCGAAAAUUGUCGAUUUGGGAUGCGGAACGGGGAGAAAUACAAUAUCCCUUCUUCGUACUGGGCCAAAGAAUUUGAACGUUCUGGGGUUGGAACCGUCGAAUAAGAUGUUGGCCAUUGCUCGAAAGAAGAUCGCGGAAUACUUCGCAGAGAUGACCGCAAUCGAGCCCGCCGAGGCUGGGAAUAGGGUAUGUUUUGAGGAGUAUAAUCUGCUUACUGAACCCCGUCCGCCAUUAGCGGCACGUGGUGUUGAUGCUGUUAUUUCGACCUUGGUCUUGGAACAUGUGCCCGUGGAAGCUUUUUUCAAGGCGGUUGCGGCCAUGUUGAAGUCUUCGGGGGUUCUGAUGUUGACGAAUAUGCAUCCUGAGAUGGGGGAGAUAAGCCAGGCUGGAUUUGUGCAUCCAGAGACCGGUGUUAAGAUCCGGCCAACUAGCUAUGCACACACUGUAAAAGGGACUUUAGAAGAGGCUAAUGCGGCUGGGUUUGAACUGAUCGGUAGUCUUAAGGAAACUAAGAUCGACGAAGAAUUGGCUGAAAAGUUGGGGCCGCGGGCGAGAAAAUGGAUAGGUGUGUAUGUUUGGUUUGGAGGAUGCUUCAGAAAGAAAUGA